AUGAAAACAAAUGAAGAUUCGAAUCAGUCAUAUAUACAAGAAAGAUUAAAUUCUCUUUCGAGCAUAGAUCAUAAAGUGGUUAAUCUAAUACAGAAUUUUUCCAAUUUAUUCGAAAAUUAUUCAACAAACAACAAAGAUGAAAAUAAAUUCAUAGAAAAUACAAGUAAAAUUUUUCAAACUUUAAGUAACGUAGCCAUUGAUUUAAGAAAAGAAGUUAAAAUUAUGGAUGAAAAUAUUGGAUGUUUUGACAAUAAUAAAGAUCAAAUUAUGAUUUUGCCUAUUAAUGUUGAUCAAAAAAAUGGAAAAUUAGGAAAGAAGAAGUUGGAUUCCGAAAUAAAUGAGUUAAAAAGUUUACUUGGUGACAGUCGUUCUAGUGAUGAUGUAAAAAUGGAAAAUGAGUCAGAAGAUACUGGUAAAUUGGGGAACAACAUACAGCCCAUUAUUAAGGAAGAGAAGGAAGAACCUAGAGUGAAACCAGAAGUGAAUGAGAAAGAAGCCAUAACAGUAGAAGAUGAACCUACGACAACACCAAUUAAUGAUAAUGAUAUAAUAACGAUUGACGAAGAUAUCAAAAAUAAUGACGACGAAGAUGACGAUAUGGAGGAUUUAUUUUAA